GUACUAAAUCUAGUUUUCAUUUUAAAAAAAUCAUUAUAGAAAAGUAAACAUAGUGAUGUUUUUAACCUUUGUCCUUAGCUUCAGGUCGAGCACAAUGUGUACAGUUCUUGGUGUGGUGACUCACUUCCUGUGGUUGUGGAUGUUCUCCUGGAGUUUCCUCUGCAGUUACCACAUGUUUCAAGUUUUUACUUCCAGCACCAGAAGAACCUCGUCACUGCAGGACUUGUUCAUGGCCUGGAAGAAAAUCUUGUUUUCACUGACCUGUCCUUCAGCCAUCAUCUUGACCACUGUUGUUGGUAGUUAUGUGGAAUCAGCAGGAAAGGAAAUAGGCUAUGGAAGAUUUAGCUGUUACUUAAAUUCAACUUUACUUGUAGGUCUUACGGUGGCUGGGCCGCUAUCUCUAGUCACGCUGACCAAUGUGGUGUUUUUCACCAAAGCCGUACACAAGAUUCACAGCGUACGUAAAUUGCAGUCUAUCAUCAAGAAGGAAGAGCAGAACAUUGAAUGGCAAAUCUAUGUCAAGUUGUCCUCUGUGACAGGAGCUUUCUGGACAGUCGCCAUUGUGGCCGCUGCCUUGAACAAUAGCAUCCUUCAGUAA